CUUAUAGAGCGAAAAAUACAGUAAACAGAAUAAUGAAAUAACUAGUAUUUAUGUAGUGAAAUGGUGUUCUCACCUUCAGACCACAGUUUUAAGUAGUGCUCUUCCCUCCUCCUCAAAUUGGCCAACCUUGGGCUACUAUUGGCCAAAGCUUUCCAAGGUGUUCUCCACAUGACUGGAUAGCCUGCUAUCAUGUCCUGAAUCUCUUGCUACUGCCCCAAUAUACUCCUGCCCUAGUGGGCAACAGCACAAAUAAACCACAUGCUCCUCCGUGUGGAGUGGAAUCUGCUUCCUUGCAAUUUGUUCCUUGGAGGAGAAGGUGCUUGUGGAGGAGGAAGAGGGGAAGAACAAGGCAAAUUCAGCAGCUGCUUAUCUCGACUACAAUCCUUUCAGCAAUGAGAGAGAGAGGCGGAGGAGGAGGAAAAGAGCAAUGACCUAGGCGUCACGAAUGCCAGUAUCCCUUGCAACACCAGCCACAGCGAAAGCAUUUUCCUGGGGAAGUUGCAGUGUGCAGCACUAAAAGUACGGCCUGUACCUCAUGUGUCUCUCAACAAAUCUGCAUCAAUGGGAACUGGUGCCAUGGCCCUUGUCUACAAACAUCUUCUCUUAAUGCUGCUGGGCGUAGGCUGGCCAGGUCUGGAGAAUCCUAAUGCGGAAGCAGCUCGGGUCCGAGAGCACUAUAUAGUGGCUCAGGUCGCUAACUGGAGCUACAGUUCCCAGGCAGAAGACCUGUCCAGAUUACCAAAAUCGGAUCAUCUAUUUAAGAAAAUUAUCUACAGCGAGUAUGAAGCAGAUUUCAAAAAAGAAAAACCAAGAAAUGCUCUAUCAGGGCUUCUGGGGCCAACACUACGUGCUGAAGUGGGAGAUACACUUGUCAUUCAUUUUAAGAACCUGGCUAAUAAACCACUGAGUAUUCACCCACAAGGCAUAGCAUACAGCAAACAUUCAGAAGGUUCCUCAUAUUCCGACAAGACAUUGCCUAUCGAAAAACUGGAUGAUGCUGUGCCUCCUGGAAAAAGUUAUAAAUACGUGUGGAAGGCCACUGCAGGAACUGGACCACGGGAGGCUGAUCCUCCUUGCCUCACCUAUGCCUACUACUCACAUGAAAACAUGGUGCAAGACUUCAAUUCUGGCCUUAUUGGUGCCUUGCUGAUAUGUAAAAACGGAAGCCUGCAUGAAAAUGGAACACAGAAAUUUUUUGACAGGGAAUAUGUGCUGAUGUUUGCUGUCUUCGAUGAAAGCAAAAGCUGGCAAAAAGGAUCUUCCCUCAUGUACACCAUUAAUGGCUACGCUAAUGGAACACUGCCAGAUGUACAAGCCUGUGCUUACCAUAACAUUAGUUGGCAUUUGAUAGGGAUGAGUUCUGCACCUGAGAUCUUCUCGGUCCAUUUCAAUGGGCAAACCUUGGAGCAAAACCACUAUAAAAUGUCAACGAUCAGCCUUGUCGCAGGAGCAUCAGCAACAGCAAAGAUGUCUGUGAGCAAGACAGGAAAGUGGCUCAUAUCAUCCCUUGUUGAAAAGCAUCUAGAAGCUGGAAUGCAUGGUUACCUCAACAUAGAAGACUGUGGAAAUCCAGACACUUUAACGAGACAAUUAUCCUAUAAAGAAAUACGGAUGAUUAAGGACUGGGACUUUUACAUCGCUGCUGAAGAAGUAAUCUGGGAUUAUGCCCCGGAAAUUCCUGACAGUGUUGAUAGGAAAUAUAAAACUCAGUAUCUGGAAGCAUUUUCCAAUCACAUUGGCAAGAAGUAUAAAAAGGCCAUAUUCAGACGAUAUAAAGAUGCCAGCUUCACCAAACGCAUAGACAAUACAAGGGCCAAACAACAUGGAAUUCUGGGGCCUCUUAUCAGCGCUGAGGUCAGAGAUAACAUAAAGAUUGUAUUCAAAAACAUGGCCAGCCGACCCUACAGUAUUUAUGUGCAUGGAGUUACACUUUCAAAGGCUGCUGAAGGAGUUGUUUAUCCUUCUGGUGCCAAAGAGAACAGCACUGAAGGUAAACUAGUCCAACCAGGGGAAAUUUACACAUAUCGUUGGACUGUACUCGACACAGAUGAACCCACAAGCGAAGAUCCUCAGUGUCUCACCAGAUUUUAUCAUAGUGCUGUUGAUAUAACAAGGGAUAUCGCCUCAGGACUUAUUGGACCACUUCUGGUUUGCAAACGCAAGGCACUCGACGUGAAGGGAACACAGAAUAAGGCUGACGACGAGCAGCAAUCCCUCUUUGCCGUCUUUGAUGAAAACAAGAGCUGGUAUUUGGAGGACAAUAUCAAGAGAUUCUGCAGCAAUCCCUCCACUGUUAAGAGAGAUGACCCCAGAUUUUACAAGUCCAAUGUCAUGCACACUAUCAAUGGCUAUGCAUCUGAUAGAACAGAUAUCCUUGGAUUUUGUCAGGCUAAUAUUAUUAAAUGGCACCUCACCAGUGUUGGCACACAGGAUGAGAUAGUGCCGGUGCAUCUUUCUGGCCAUACUUUCCUGAACAGAGGAAAACAUCAAGAUAUCUUACAUCUUUUCCCAAUGAGUGGUGAAUCGGCUACAGUGACCAUGGACAACGUUGGAACCUGGCUUUUAUCGUCAUGGGGUUCCCAUGAGAUGAGCAAUGGAAUGAGACUUCGGUUUAGAGAUGCCACUUGUGAUGAUGUUGAUUACACAGAAAGUUAUGAUGACGCUUCAGAUUAUGCACUGGUCACAUUUUCAUCUGAGAAAAGUGACGCAGCAGCACUAAAGGAGGAGAAAGCGGACAGAAGCAUGAUAAAUGAAAAUGUCCUUGAUAACUAUGAUGAUCAAACUGAAGAUGACUUAGAACAAGAUAUGUAUGCUUCGAUGCUCGGACUUCGAUCACGUCGUAAUGGAUCGAUUGCUGAAGAAGAAGAAAAGCUGAAUAUCACUGCUCUUGCCAUACAAGAAGAAAUUGACAGCACCCGCAAUAAGACUGAUGGUAAUGUAACACUGAACUCACAUCUGGUGUUCACAAAUAACAGUGAUACUUCACAUGGUGAUAAAGUGUUGGAAAGUCCAAGCAGUGCUUCGAAUACAGCUGCACUUGACUCCUUCCAUCCUAAUUACACAUCUUUGGCAAAUGAUACUUUGAUUUCAGAUAUUGCUGCAGUGGUUAGAAACUGGUCCUCUGAACAAGGCAAAAGUAACCGUACUUCGCGUGGUGAUGACGUGCUGAAAAGUCCAAGUACUGCUCCGAAUACAGCUGCACUUGACUCUCUCCAUCCUAAUUACACGUCUUUGGCAAAAGACACAUCAAUUGCAAAUAUGACUGCAGUGGUUAGAAACCUGUUAUCUGAACAAGGAAAAGGUAACCCUACUUCGCAUGGACCUUCUACAGAGAAGGAGCAAGAAGAUAACAAAGGUGAAAAUGAUACACGGCAUGAAAAGAGGGAAAGGCAAGGUCUAACAGAGGCAAUAUUAUUUGCCCUUAAAGAGAUGCAUGCCCUGCUGUUUCAUGUACAACAAAAAAGAAAUCUUUCUGCUAUAGACAACACCACUUCAGAUACUCCAUUUCUUCCCAUUCCCAGUGCAGAAACUGCUUCCAGCUUAGAUACUAGUCACCUUUCACAUUAUCUUUAUGAUUAUGAGGAUGAAGAGGAAACAAAUACUGAGUUUUCCAUGCUUUCAACAAAUUUACCUUUGGCUGUAGCAGAGACAGUGGAAAACAAUGGUUCUGAACAAGAGUUGUUGGAAGAUCAACAAUAUGAUGAUUUGACUUCUGAUGGUAUGAUAGACAGCUUUGCUUCUACUCCCAUCCCAAAGCCCACAGAGAAUUUGAAGGACUCACCUCAGCAGAGGCCAAAGUGUCCUCCCAAAAAGACGGCUUCUGAAUGGAAUGUUGUUUCUGAGAAGGUGCUUUAUGAUACAGAAGCAGAUCUCACCAAACCUGUUGACAAUAAACUACAGAACAGCUCCAGAAAUGUCACCUUGUAUCCAGAAAAUACCAUGUUCCCUAGCAAGAGAAAGCAGGAGACAUACAAAGCUGACUCCCAGCUUGAGUUAGGCCAAUUAGAAAUGAAUAACAAUAGCAAGCAGGAAGCCCUGAAUGAAAAGAGAAAGGAGAAUUGUACCGUCAGUACACCUGGAACUUUCCAGAAGGCUCGGCGAAAGAAAAGAAAGCCAAGAGUCUUAGCACCGAGAACUUCCAAACCUCUAAUGUCACCUAGAGGAUUUGGCAGCAAGCAAGCCUCCAUUGAACGCAACCAUACCAUGCUGCCAAAUGAGGUGUAUGAUACUUUGACACCAAAAGUGGAUAAACCAGAGGUCAAAUUAGGUUUUAUAGGCGACGAUGGGGAAUAUAUGGAAUAUGACAUAGACAGCACAGUCUAUGACGACAGCAUCAGUGGCUCUUAUGAAUAUGAGACAGUACACUAUCACAACCCGUAUAUAAGAGACCCCCGACUUGACAGUUAUACAGCACGUAACCCAGAUGACAUAGCUAAGCGUUACAUUCGGACUAUGAACAAUGCAAACAUAAGGAGAUACUACAUUGCAACUGAAGAGGUUCUCUGGGAUUAUGCGGGACCAAGAAAAAGUACAGUGAAAAGUGGCUCAGCCAGGACAGGGUACAAAAAAGUGAUUUUCCGAAGUUAUCAAGAUGAUACGUUUAGGACACCUGAAGCUGCAGGCGAAUAUGAGGAACACCUUGGCAUCCUAGGUCCUGUCAUUAGAGCUGAGGUGGAUGAUGUCAUCCAAAUUCACUUUAAAAAUCUGGCCUCCAGGCCAUAUUCUCUCCAUGCCCAUGGGCUUUAUUAUGAAAAGUCUUCUGAGGGUAGAAGCUAUGAUGACCAGUCUCCAAAAUGGUUUAAAGAGGAUGACGCAAUCCUGCCAAAUGGCACCUAUACUUACGUCUGGCAUGUGACCCAACGGUCAGGACCUCCAGAAGGUCAGAGAACAUGUCGAUCCUGGGCUUACUACUCUGCUGUAAACCCGGAAAAAGAUAUUCACUCUGGCUUGAUUGGGCCAGUCUUGAUCUGUCAAAAAGGAAUGCUUGACAAGUAUAGCAAGCCAAAGGACAUGAGAGAAUUUGUCCUGCUUUUUAUGGUCUUUGAUGAGGAGAAAAGCUGGUACUUCAAUAAAUAUAAAAGAAAGACUCAUGCUGAGAGAAUUUCCGGAGCAAAAAGGCACCAUAAAUUUCCUGCUAUUAAUGGGGUUUCAUACCACCUUCAGGGGUUGCGGAUGUUUAAGGAUGAGAAGGUCCACUGGCAUUUGAUAAACAUGGGUGGGCCAAAAGACAUUCAUGUUGUUAAUUUCCACGGUCAGACAUUCACAGAACAGGGAAGGGAAGAUCAUCGGCUUGGUGUCUACCCUCUUCUUCCUGGUUCAUUUGGUACUGUUGAAAUGAAACCGUCAGGAGCUGGCACAUGGCUUUUAAAAACAGAAGUCGGUGAAUAUCAGGAAGCAGGAAUGCAAGCCUCCUUUACUGUUAUAGAUACAGGAUGCAAGCUGCCCAUGGGUCUAGCAAGUGGCAUUAUAAAAGACUCACAGAUCAGUGCUUCAAACUACAUAGGAUACUGGGAGCCUAAACUGGCAAGAUUAAAUAAUGAUGGAAAAUACAAUGCUUGGAGUGCUGGGAAGAACGAAAGUGAACUUCCCUGGAUCCAGGUGGACCUAGAAAACCAGGUUCUAAUCACAGGCAUUCAGACCCAAGGAGCCAAGCAGUUAAUGCGUUCCUUGUAUACAAUGGAGUACGUCAUUGCCUACAGCAAAGAUGGAAGAAAAUGGGUUGCUUUUAAAGGGAAUCACUUAGGGGCACAGAAGGUUUUUGAAGGCAAUUCAGAUGCCCAUGGAAUAAAAGAAAACCUCAUUGACCCUCCUCUUGUUGCUAGGUAUAUUAGGGUGUAUCCAACCAAGUUCUAUAACAGGCCUACUCUUCGUAUGGAGCUCCUGGGUUGUGAUACGGAAGAUUGCUUUAUGCCGUUGGGAAUUGAAAGUGCGGCUAUCAAGAAUGUGCAAAUUACAGCCUCUUCUUAUAAGAAGACUUGGUUGGGUUCAUGGGAGCCAUCUCUUGCCCGCCUCAAUCUCAAAGGGAAGAUGAAUGCCUGGCAAGCAAAGUCUAACAACAACCAACAAUGGCUGCAGAUUGAUCUCCUUCAACCUAAGAAGAUAACAGGCAUCAUAACACAAGGAGCUAAAUCAAUGUACAGUGAAAUGUAUGUGAAGACAUUUUCCAUCCUCUACAGCGAUGAUGGUUCAGUGUGGAAGCCUUACAUGAAUGAUUCAACUUCCAUGGAAAAGGUGUUCACAGGCAACAUUAACAGUGGUGGCCUAGUCAAGAACUACUUCAGGCCACCGAUAUUUUCCCGAUUCCUUCGUGUCGUUCCAAAAACAUGGAAUCUGAGUAUUGUACUUCGGAUAGAACUCUUUGGUUGUGAUGUGUUUUAGGGACUGAACAGAAGACUGUCAUACUGAAAGCCCCACAACCUUUAAGCUUGCUGAUACCAGAUGUUGUAAAAGGGGAAACCAGAACAAAAAACUCUUUUAGAGUGAUUAUGGUGUGUGUAUCCAAAGCACUUUAAGUUGUGAACAUUCACAACAUUUGUCAGUAUAACUGAUCUAAGUAGACAAACACCGCCAUUGGUUCUACAUUAUCUCAGAUGAGUUCCAAAGUUGCCUAAUAAAAGGGUAGUUCCCAAAGAUAAGUAGGAAAUCAAAGAAUUGUAGGGUUCUGUGAUUUUCUGCAUAUCAGCUAGACGUUUGUGCUUCCAACAAUUAUUGACUUCAUUGUAUGUGGGGAAAGCAUUUAAAAGAACUUACAUAUUAGAGAAUGAUUUAAGAUGAGUAGAAAUAGUUAUGUAAGUUAUGUCCCCAAAUACACAGUCAUGUAUUUUGCUAACUAGUUAUGGUUAGGUCUUCCUUCCAUGACUUUGGAGGUGGAUUAACACUGAAAUUCAUAAGCGGGUAGUAAAUCUUUCUGCAAGAUGCUUAACACUUUUUCAGGAUCUGUUUCAUUAUGUUAUUCAUAUUUUCUGAAUAAAAUGCAAAACAAUGCAUAUCUAAUGUGUAAAAAGCACACUUGGUGGCAGCUCCCGUUUAUUCCAACAACUUUAAAAAUCACUGAUCUGGAAGACCUUUGGACUGUUACUAAGAGGCAAAGAAAAUGUGCUGUAUUCUUAUUUCUGUACAACAAAACUGACACUGUUUGAGGGGAAAUGCUUGAAAGGAAUUAGUUCAAAAACACUAAAAUCAUGGCUCAGCCAGUGUGGUGCAAUGAGUAAAGUUUGCAGCCUGGGUGCAGGAACUUAAGUUCAAAUCCCAUCAUCUCUGAACACUGGCCAUACUUGCUGCUGGAUGGGAUUUGGAGUCCAGCACAAUCUGGAGGUGGCACAGAUUCCCCAUCAUAAGCGGGUGGUAAAUCUUUCUGCAAGAUGCAUGGAUAGCAAAUGUUGUUUCAUUCUUUCCUGCUGUGGAACAAAGGCCCAAACUAUAUAUGAUGUAGGAGACAUUUACUUCUUCUUUUUAAAGUAUAAAAUCAACUGGGGAAGGGCCUGAACAGGAUCCAGUCACUGGUGCUAUUGGAAGCAUUUGACUCCAUUUCCCUACACUGUUUCCCCAACUAAAAUCAAUUAUCGCAAAGCUGCUAUUAGUUCUAGUUGAGGAGUGGGGAAGCCCCACAUGGGCUAACAUCAAUUUAGAAGUGGGGAGCAAUUUCUAUAGGGCAAAAGGUAGUGGGGGGAAAGGGUUAAACCUUGAUCAAUUUCAGCCUACAUCUGCUUUGAAUGAAAUUUUGAGAAAUCUCAUCAUGACUUUCAUGCAAUUUCGCCCAAAGUCAUAGAAAACUGGAUAAGUGCUUAAUUAGAUCUAAUCUGAGGCAGUGGUUGUUUUUAAAAAUCUGAAGUUUUUUGCCAAGCUGACUACUGCUAGAUGCAUCUGAUUCACUUUAUCAAGCAUGUUAAAUUUUUAACAAAUCA